UCUCACUUAUACACUGUAAUUUAUAAUUUGCAAUACAAUGUCUAUUUACAAAUAUAUAUACAUAGUAUAUAUGUGUUUGGGAUUUACUUCACACUUUAGAUAGUAUUGACGAACGGUGUCAUGUUUCCGUACGGAACAGUUUGUUCGUAACUCCGUGAAUACCACGCUGGUUGUGUUUUUGGAAACCAAAAAAUCCAAUUUAUUCGUUUUUCAAUGCUGUGGUUAUUAUUACGCUCAACGUUUAAAGCUGGUGAUUUGAGUUGAGUUUGAGUUGAAGUCAGGAUGAAGAUCAAGCGACAGAAACAUGCAAAGAAGACGAUCAGUUUCUACAAGUACAACUUUGGUUUUCGGGAACCGUUUCAAAUACUGAUCGACGGCACUUUCUGUCAGGCUGCAUUGAAGAAUAAAAUCCAAAUCAAAGAGCAGCUGCCGAAAUAUUUCAUGGGGGAGGUUCAGCUUUGCACCACCAAAUGCGCACUGAAGGAACUGGAGACACUCGCGAAAGACUUGUAUGGAGCUAAAUUAAUCCUGCAGAGGUUUCAGGUCCGGAAAUGUAAACACAAGGAGCCUGUUGCUGCAUCUGAGUGCCUGCUGUCCAUGCUGGGAGGAACAAAUGCACAUCACUACUUCGUUGCCACGCAGGACAGAGAGUUGACUACAGCUCUGAUGGCGAUCCCUGGCGUUCCUUUGAUCUACAUUGUCCUCAACACAAUGGUGUUAGACAAACCAUCAGCGUGUUCAGUGAAGCACGUGGAGGCAGUGCAGCUGGGAGAGCUUGUGAGUCCUCAUCACCAACAGAGCCUCCAGAGUCUGAAAACUGAGCAGGGCCUCUGUAAAGACAGCGAGGAGCGGCGGGGCAAGAAGCGCAAGAGAAAGUCAAGAAACCCGAAUCCUCUGAGCUGUUUGAAAAAGAAGAAGAAGCCAAUGCCACAGCAGCCCAACAGUACAGAUGGUGAGAAAAAGAAGAGGAACAGGCACAGGAAGAAGAGCGCUUCUGGAACGUCCAUCAGUGUGAACCCAAACCCUUCCAGUGCUCAGUCAUGAGUCGUCUCUGUUUCAGCUGAUCGAUCCAAAUGUAUAAAAACCCUACUGUUUUUCUCCACCCAGAUUUUUAAAUAUAUCUUUAAUCAAGAUGUCAAAUAAAGAUAUAAGUGUUCCUCAA